AUGCAAAGAGUUGUUUACUAUACUGGCAACGGCUUAAAUAACGGGAAUAGUCAGUGGGUAAGUAAUUGGUUGCAUCGUAAUAAGGGAACUUCUAAGUACGUUGGAUUAGGAUUAGCAGUAGCGAUAACUGUUUAUGUUUUAGGACCCACGGUUACUAGCUGGAUUUUUGGAGAAAAGAUGUUUAGUUCCAGUAGCAAGAGAAGCGAUAAGUUCACUACGGGGUUAAUUAACAAUCGUAAUGACUGUUUUGCCAACUCUUCCAUACAAGCGCUUUCAUCACUUGUAUAUUUGACAAAGUACCUCAAUGAUAUAUUAAAGCAGGCUCAAUUCUUAACCACAUUGAUGGACAUUAAUGGGAAUGGGUCCAGUUCUGGGGGGCAGAAACAAUCUAGUGAUGAAGAUAGUGCAAAUGGUGUUCCAUUGCAGGAAGAAGUUACGGAAGACUUGUCAACUGCAAAGAGACCUAACUUGUGGAAAGCACAUACCAGUACUAAUACGGUUUGUACUUUACGGUUUCAAGAUGCCAUGACUCCAAAAGGUGGUUUGUCGGAGGAAUCCUCCUUGACUGGAGAGGAAUCAGACGAAUCGGAAGAAGAAGUAUCAACUGACCAGUCAGAGGACCAUAGUGAGGGUGAGAGUACCGAUGAGGCCGAUGAAGUAGAGUCAUCUUCAAAGGAUAUCCCUAAGAUCCCUCUUCAUGAGUCCUUGGCUCAAAUACUGUACCAGUUGCAGCAAACGGUAACUGCACAGCAUCAUAUUUCUAUUUGGCCCUUUUUAAGAGUGAUAGAGGGUAUUUUUAAGGCCAAGAUUUCUACCGGCCAAAAUGACGCUCAUGAAUUGACACAAGUUGUUUUGCAGACGUUGGAGAACGAAAACUUGGCUCUACAAAAAUUUGUCAAGAAUCACUCGUUGAAUGUCAUCAUACCGACUUUCCCGGUACACGGAUCGCUGGCUGAUAGUUUAUUCUGUUUAAGCUGUGGUGAAUCUUCAAAAGUAAACAUUCAUGAGUUCACGAUGUAUUCUUUACCAGUACCACAGCUAAUAAACGCGGAUUUGGCUCAAAUGAUUUCUGAUAAUCAAACAGAUCAAAUCAGCGGGUAUUCGUGUUUAUGUUGUAAGUUGAACGCGAUUAUCGCAAAUGAAAAGAAUAGAAAUUACCAAAACAAUUCUGAUGAAGAAAACCAGAUUUUGAAGGAGUUGGAAGAGUUAUUGCCCAAAGCAUUUAUUAACGAUGAUUUGGCUAGGAACUUAAGUACUUACAUUAACUCUUACGAGAAAGGUGGUAUCAAGACGUCAGAAAUCAAAUCCACCAUUGUCAAGAAAACUGUGGUUGUUGAUUCGCCAGAUGUUUUGAUUCUUCACUUGUCGCGUUCGGUUUUCGACGGGAUGGGAUAUCAAAAGAACACCUGCAAUGUUUCUUUCGAAGAAGAAUUGGUAGUCAACCGCCAAGUUAUUGAAAACAAUAAAUGUGUUGGCAUCAGAAAGGAUUCAUAUAAGUUAAGGUCGAUGUUGAGGCAUCAAGGUUCUCAUUCUACCGGUCACUAUGAAUGUUUCAGACACAAACCAGAGUUUAUGAAAGACAUUGAUACACAUCAAGUCAUUAGCAAGACACCAAUGGUGGACUUCGGUAUUGCGUCGAAUAAACUUGCAGCUGAAAUCUGGAAUCAGGCCGUUCUGAACUCCUCUAACAAAUCCGAUUCUUGUUCAAUCGGCUCGGAAGAUUCAAUCUCCUCUAACGUGCCAUUCAGAUCUGUUUUCCUGGACUCACCAAACUCUGCGAUUGUUACUGAUGAUGAUUACGUUAUUGGAAGCUCAGAGUUCUCUAACGACGCAGAUAAUAAGGGCCAAAACAACAACAGUGGUUCUGGAGUUUCAAGGACGCCAUCCACUUUGAAAAGAGUCACUGGUUUCCUUUCGAGAAAGAGUUCUGUCUCGGCAGCACCGGAUAAUAACAAUACUAGCAAUAUACUACCUGAAAUUAGCAGUUCACCCAUGGCUUCAUCAUCUUCAGAACAUAGAAACCGCGCAAGAUUUAACAGUGUCUCUUCUAUGACGACUGACCGCAACGCUUCGAUAUUAUCUAGUAAUGCUAGUAUCGACUCUUACAGUACAGAUCAAGUUACUAAUACAAGUGCUACCGAAGUGGAAACUGAAACAGAUUAUGACGGUAUUUCAAUGAAUGUCAACAAGAAGACAAAGAAAAGAAGAUUAAAGAAAUUGAAAAGUGUGGUGAAAUACCCAUGGUGGAGAAUAUCUGAUACUAAAGUUAAAGAAUAUAAAACUUCAGAUAUUUUAUCAGAAACUAAAUUCGUUUAUAUGUUGUACUAUGAGAGGGUACCAGUAGUCUAA